AUGGAUAACAAAUCCACUGACAACAAUGAGGAUCCUCCUCAAGAGGAGGCGACUUUGGCGUCAAUGGAAGUGGAGAGCACAGUGGUUGAUACUCAAGUUUUCGUGGAUGGUAGCAGUGAGUUGGUACUAUCAAAUCUCGUGUUGGACCCACAGAGUCAGAAGGAGAAGGAAGUCGACACUUGUAGUACGGACGAGACCUUGAACUUGUUGGAGGUGGAGAGUAGUAUUAACAGUAGUUUGGUGGAUGAUGAUACCGUUCUGGUUCAAGGAACCGACGAUUUGGCUAUCUCCAAACUCGUUAAUAUGUCAUCAAGCCACCAGCAAGAAGUUUCAAUCUCAGCCUUGGAGGAACCAACCGAUUCCAAAGUUGUCCCUCCUGAGCUAUUUGAUGACACUACUGACAACAUGGAGAAAAAGACAGAUCCUGCAGGCACAACUCCUGACGUCACAAUGGAGGUAGGCAUUGCGGUUGCUCCAAAAUAUCAAGAACAAGACAAGAAAGAAACAAAAGUGAAUGAAGCAGUACAUGUAGCACCAGUGCAACCGCCACCACCACCACCACCACCAGCGCAACCAACAGUGUUGGUACGCAUGGGCCGCAGCCAAGUGGAAGUGCACCCAGGAGCAUAUGCUGUUGCUCCCACUGGAGCACCUGAUACAGUAUCUUUGGAUCUAGAGCAGGCUGUACCACGAGAGCAGGCAGUACCACAAGACCAACCUGCACUGGAGGAUGGCCUUCCAGUGGCAAACCAAGUGGCAGACUACUCAGACUUGCCCGUGGCAGCAUUAGAGGCUGGCCAUGAACGCCAACAAAAGAAGAUUGAUGUUGCAUCUACAGUAGUUGCUGCACUUCUGUAUAUGAUGUGUCUUGUUGGGGUCAUCAUUGUGAUUGUACUGAUCAUGAGGUCAAGUGGUACUGAAGAAGGGACAAACCAGAAUAGUCCUUUCGAAUUGCAAACAAUGGCCCCAUCUAGCCUUCCAGAUGAGACACUGAACUUGUCCAGCCAUGAGCUUUUGAUCCUGCAGGCAUUGCCCAAUUACACACUGGAAGAACUCAGCGAAACAGAUGCUUCCCUGUCCCUAGCCUAUGAAUGGUUAGUGCAAGACUUGGAACAUAACAACUACACCCUCACAAGCAGGCUCAAGCAGAGGUUUGCCCUGGCUGCACUCUUCCAUGCUAUGAAUGGAGAGGACUGGUUGGUGAAUGAUCAUUGGUUGAACCAUUCAGUUCAUGAAUGUUUUUGGUUUUCACAAUCAGAGUUUCUAGAUUACCCUGACCCAAUGGCCCAUGUUGAAGUCAUGCACCCCAAUCCUUGUGAGAUGCCACCAGAGCAAAUCAAUGGCUCAAGAGGUGUUGACAUCCAACAUGGCCCUUAUCAGCACAUUUGGCUUCAUUCGAAUACAUUAGGAGGAAGCAUACCCCCGGGACUCUACUGGCUCACAGACUUGAGAAGCAUCUCCCUCUACAACAACCAAGACCUGGGUGGAACUAUUUCCUCCCGUAUUGGGAAGCUCAGCAAGCUGGAGGCAUUCCAGAUGGGCGGAACAAUGCUUUCUGGGACACUUCCAACUGAACUAGGCCUCUUGUCUGACUCCAUUUUUAGUAUUGCCGUUGUCGGUGGUCAACUGGAAGGGCCCCUUCCAUCAGAGCUUGGCCUCUUGGACAGGUUGCAUGUGCUUGUGCUGGAUGGAAACAAGUUAGCAGGAUCUGUGCCACCUGAGUUGGGUGAUGCCUCACACCUGAAGUGGCUGUACUUGUCUAAAAACUCCUUCACGGGGAGUUUCCCAGUAUUCUUGACAAGCGCACGUCUGGAACAGCUUCUUCUUGAGUGGAAUCAGUUCUCCGGAACCUUGCCUACAGAAAUUGGCCAAUUCUCAGACAUGGGACGUUUAGUAGUUAGGGGGAACCAUUUCACCGGAACCAUCCCAACUGAAUUUGGCCAGCUUUCUGGCCUGAGCUAUUUCAACGCAGAAGCAAAUGGUCUGACCGGAAGUAUCCCCACUGAAGUUGGCCAGAUAGCCAGCCUGUGGAUUUUUGAGCCAUCUUCAAAUGCUCUAACUGGGACAAUACCAGCUGAGCUUGAACAAAUCCAUCCACUGCUGUCAUUGGACUUGCGCGAAAACCUUUUGUCUGGGUCAAUUCCACAAGGGCUGUCUCAAGAUUUAAUGUAUCUUGAUCUUACGAACAACACAUGUUGA